CAAACAAAAUCAUAUCUGAACACGUCAUGUGCAAACACGCCAACGUCCGCCCCUACCACUGUAACAUCUGCGGCUGGAGCACGGCUUACAGCGGAAACAUGUGGAAGCACGUGGACACCCACCAGAAGGAGCUGGGCGACAAGAUGCCCGAGUUUCCCGUCAAUGUCGUCUCCACCGAGAACCAUUCCGUCCCGACGCCCCUCCGAGCUCCGUCGGGCAAGAAGCGAGGCAUGAACAAGGCUUCAAAUUUCAAACUCAAACUGGCGAAGCCUGGUAAGACCAGACGGCAGCAGGCGCAAAAGACGCAGCAGAUGGAACAAACAGCGACUAUAUCGAUCCUAGAUGACAACGUGCAGACGAUUCAAGUUCAAGCGGGAGGAAACUUACCUGAAGGGGUAUUGAUGCAGGUGCCUAUCCAUAUGGGUCCGAACGGCCAGAUGAUGGUUACCAAAGGGUUGUCGGAAGAGGAAUCCAUCGGAUCGUCUGCCCUCAGCAGGUUAGCCGCGGCAGUGGCAUCGGCUCAAGAGGUCCACAUCAUCCAGGGCAAUGAAGGCUUAGAAAGUGGUGGGCAACAUCAGGAGCACAGGAUCAUUGCAACUCAACUUGGCGAUUCCAUCCAUGUCGAUGCUAGCAACGGAAUGAACCAACAGGAGAUCAUCGAAUACACAGUUCCAAAUACUCAGCAGAUCAUCACCAGCAGUGGCGACAUUACCGAGGUCAUCACUAGCGAUCACCACUACCACGCCAGCCACCAAAUCAGCGACCACCAUCAGUUGCAGCAACAGCAUCAUCAACAGCAGCAACAACAGCAGCAACAACAACAGCAACAUCAACAGCAACAUGGAGGUGACAGCAGCAUCCAGCAGGCAGCUAUGCACGCGGGUAUACCCACAACCAGCGCUGCCGAGCAAGUCCCGACUGCGAUAGUCGAGCAGAUCGUCCGGGCCACGCCGCAUUCCGAGGACCAGAAUGUGGUCCAUAAUCUGGUCGCUUCCAUGAUCCCUCACGAUGCCGAGUUGGUCAUGAGCAUGAUGCAGAUUCAGCACGUCCCGCAGGUCCAGCAUGUUCAGCAGGUUCAACAGAUCCAUCAUGUUCAUCAACCAAACGUUUCUCAAUAACGCUCCACCCGUUAAUUUGUUGUAAAACCGUUGCUCUAUAGCCGAAAUUGGACCUAUUCCAUGAAAUUCUAUCAGAUGGUGUCUGUUGCACACGAGGCGUUAUUUCUAUUGCCUUAUUAUCCGCGCCAAUGAGCCUAUAAAGGCAAUUAUCACAUACGUCAGUUAUUGAAGGCAAUGAUUGCACUGUUCAUCUUGCAAUCACACUAUGCCAGAUAUCCUAGACGAGGUCUCGAAAUGACGGCUCGUAUGCAAUGGACCAUUUAUAUACAGUACUUAAUACUUUUAUGCUAGAUCUCCUACCAGUAUUUUGUAUAUAAAAUGCUAAAUAAGGCGUGUGAAAAAAAACAUUGGAAUCAAAGUGAAGCAUUCAUGAACUGCCUAGUCCUUCCAAGCAGUAUACAUGUAUGUAGUCAUUAUCUUAUAUAACCAUGUAAUCUAAUUUAUUUGCUUUUGUGAUUUGAAUCUAUAAAGCCAUUUAAGAUUCAGUUUUGUGAACAAAUAAUUACAAUAAUAUACAUUGUGUGUUAUGAUAAUUUUUUUUUUAAAGAAAGAAAGAAGAAAACACAAGAGCGUGGUAGAAAUGAGUCACUGUAAUUCAGAUUACUCUUACAAAUAUAGUUCAUGAAAAAGAACAUUAUUUUGGUACACAACUUAUCCGAGGGAUUUAUAUUUACUUGGAAAUGUUGUAAGGUAAUUUUCUUUGAGAUUUUCUUUGAGAUUUACGAUGUCCGAAGAGUCGAAUGAUUAAAAUCACGCGACUAUGUACGGGAUUUAUCACCUAUAUAUUCAAAAUUUCAAAUCAAGAGAUAUUUGUGUGUGUUGUUUGAAGAAAAAAUAAUUGUAUCCUAUAAAUUAUAUCUUCCAGAGCUUUGCAUUCCAUAAUUCGCUUUCGUUCCACCGUGCCUAUGAAAAUGUAGCGUCAUUUUUUUCUUCUUCUUUUCUUUUCUUUUCUUUUCUUUAUUUUUCAAAGACAGGAAUAAAUAUGCAUUAAUUAUUUUCGUUUCAUUUGAAAAAUAUGAUGUGAUAUGAGCACGUAGCUUUUUUGAAGACGUACUGAACCAAGUGAAGUAGAUGGAAGCUUAAUGUGUGUUAGCAUUUUUAUUACGCCGCCAUGUUGGACAAUUUCAUUAUAAUCAUAAUAUAGUCGCGUGUUAGUCAACAAUGAUUAUAAUGGGAUGGAGUAGGCAACUUUGACAUUGAGAUAUUUUAUUGUCGAUGCCAGAUAUUGUGCAGAAAUUACGUUUUUGUUCUUAAACUCUUAGAACGAACUAUUGAUUGUUUGAAGAAAAAAUAUGGUUCUUCAAGGUUCUACAACUCCUUUGUGGCAUAAUAGUUGGGGUAUUUUGUCAUUGGUAAUUAUUUUCUUCAUUUAUUAUUUAUUCUUUCAGAAUAAUUGAAGCGAAUGUGACUGCAUGUGCCGCCCAUUUAUAUUAAUUGGAAAGUCAUUGGUGAAUUCUUAAGAGCCUCAUUCCAAAGGAAGAAUCCUCCUAGAUUAAGGUCUUUUUAGACUCUUACAUUUUCUGAUUUGCAUAUUUUGCAUACGAUCAAAGAGUUUCCUAUAUUGUGAUUAGUUUUGAACAAACCAAAUCUGCCUUUCCCUUAAAUGAAUAUUUAACUAGUAUGCGAUGAUAAUCAGCCAAUAAUAAAAGCUUGUUUGAAAAUGCA